GAGUGAGGUUUGGCUGCCACCAAAGUUACUUCUAGUCCCUGCUGUCCACUCCUGCCCUCAGUCUGGACAUGCCCAAGGACCCCUGCAAUUAGGCCUCCCACGCAGAGGUCUGUGAGAGCCCAAGCCACGUGCUCUUGGCCCCGUGGCUGGCUACUUAUGAGGCACUGUCCUACCCAGCUCUGCUAAGAUGCUCCUGGCCCCUCCCUCCACUCCGUCCAGAGGAAGGACCCCCAGCGCUGUGGAGAGGCUGGAAGCCGACAAAGCCAAGUAUGUCAAGACGUACCAGGUGAUAGCUAGGCGACAGGAGCCAGCCCUGCGUGGGAGUCCCGGGCCGCUGACGCCGCACCCCUGCAACGAGCUGGGGCCCCCUGCAUCGCCCAGGACGCCCAGGCCGGCCCGCCGCGGAAGCAGCAGGCGGCUGCCAAGGCCUGACUCCCUCAUCUUUUACCGCCAGAAGCGGGACUGCAAAGCUUCGGUGAACAAAGAGAACGCCAAGGGCCAAGGGUUGGUGCGGCGUCUCUUUCUGGGCGCCCCGCGGGACGCUGUCCCGAGCAGCCCGGCCUCCGCAGAGCGACCUGCGACUUCAGGGGGUUGGGCCGCGCCCCAGGAUGCCCCGGAAGCGACGGGAAAGCGCGAGCUGUGCCCCACGUGCUCACUGCCCCUGUCGGAGAAGGAGCGCUUCUUCAACUACUGCGGCCUGGAGCGCGCGCUGGUGGAGGUUCUGGGCGCAGAGCGCUUCUCCCCGCAGAGCUGGGGCGCCGAGGCCAGCCCGCAGGCCGGAACUUCGCCGCCGCCCGGCUCCGGGGACGCCAGCGACUGGACGUCCAGCGACAGGGGCGUGGACAGCCCGGACGGCGCGGGCGGCGGCGGCGGCGGCGGCGGCUCGGAGGCAGCGGGCUCGGCGCGGGACGGGCGCCCCCCGGUGUCGGUGGUGGAACGCAACGCGCGCGUCAUCCAGUGGCUGUACGGCUGCCAGCGCGCCCGCGGACCACCGCGCGAGUCCGAGGUGUGACCGCCGCCGCUCCGGAGCCGGCUCCGGGGGAGUGCGGAGCGCGGGGCUGGCCCCGGGCACGGACGGGGACACCCCGCUUCUGACGCGCUGGGUGCCUUUGCGCAAGCCCUUCCCUCUGGAACUCAGUUUCGCGUCCGAACCUUGGGGAGGUGGGACAAGUUGCUGGCGAAGGCCCUUCCCUGAGCCCGCGGCGAAGUGGGAGGGAGGUGCCUCGUGGCCCCUGUGGAGGCCAGGUCUGGGGAGUCAGGACUGGGUGGGAGAUGAGCAAACCUGCUGAAUACAGUUAAAGUGUUAUUUAAAUGGGGAGCUGAGGAAGUAGGCAAACCGGUUUUCGUGGUUAACCGCGCGGGUUUUAGAGUGUGGGUUCCCGACUGAUUGUGUGACCCUGGGCAAGCACUUGACCUCUGAAGCAGCGGGACCUCUCGGUUACUAAGGAGGCAGGAGUAGGGGAUGCAAGUAUUUCAAAAUAGUUGUAACGUGCAUGGCAAAGUGCCCAGCAUAUAGAAAGUGCUCGAAUAAACGAUAACUGCUGUGACUUCUACCGAAUGAGUUCUAACACUGUUGUGAUUUCCACCGGCCUUCAGGUCGAUCCAAACUACAGCUGGGAGCUGGGAAUAGCGCGUUUCGGGAGCCUGAGGGGGCGUCUGCUCCAGAAAUCUGGGGACCACCAGAUCCUAAAAGGCCCCAUUGCAGGAGUUUUGCUGCCCGGGUCGUGGUCACUGGGUAUGAAGGGCUGAGAUGUGGAGGAUCCAACCUUUCAGACACGAAAAGAAGGGAAGCUUUUCUGCCAGCCCGCAGGCUCCUGCCACCGCCUCCCUUUCCCGCAAGUACACACAGGGUCGCCUAUGUAUCACAGGGUCGAAGCUCUGAGUCUUCUUCGUUCAUGCACCUCCUUCCUUUGCUUGGGUUGCUGUUCCUUUUCUCUCCACUCUUCCUUCUUGGAGAUAACGUAUAUUCUCCAGGAAGCCUUCCUGAAUGCCCCAGUCAGCCUCACCUGCUCUGAGCUCCCAAGUACAGCCCUACUUCUGUGCCUGAAUUUGUCACCUUUUGUGGGACCUGAUGGUAGUCCGGGUUCUCUCGUUAGUCUCUGACCUUUGCCUAGUACAGGGACGGCGUACAUAGUAGGGCCACAGGCACAGUUUGUUGACUUAAAUGAGGCUGGAGAGGGCUGUGGACGCCGUCCUCUGGAGCUCCCCAGCUUACUGGAAAGUUGUACCUUAAAUAAAAAACCCAUCCUGA